AUGCCUUCGACGGUAAACCUCUCGAGAUGGGCCAAAAUGGGAAGCGGGAAAUCCAGCUUGAAGUCUGAUGAGCCCACGGUGACUCAACAACCAGCUCCUCAGAGUCCUGUCCCUGAGUCUGAUGUUGAUGGACCAAGUGGCUUGAAGUUGGGUGCCAUCACUCUUGGACUCUGCCUUACACUCUUCCUGGUGGGGCUGGAUAACAUCAUUAUAUCAACAGCCAUCCCACGUAUCACAGACGAGUUUCGAUCUAUAAGCGACAUUGGAUGGUACGGAAGUGCUUAUCUUCUUACAACUUGCACCUUUCAACUCACCUUUGGGAAACUUUACUCUCUUUUCUCCAUCAAAGUCAUCUAUCUGAUCUCUAUCAUCAUCUUCGAAAUCGGCUCGGCUAUAUGCGGCGCUGCUCCCCAGUCUGUGGUCCUGAUCUUGGGCCGGGCGAUCGCAGGUGUUGGAUGUGCAGGUAUCCUGGCUGGAACCUUCACAAUCAUCGCUGUGAUCAUUCCGCUGCCCAAGAGACCUGCAUAUACUGGCUUAGUUGGAGCUGUUUACGCCAUUGCUUCGGUUGUUGGGCCGUUGCUUGGGGGCGCCUUUACCGACAAGGUGACAUGGCGUUGGUGUUUCUACAUCAACCUCCCAACCGGGGCUGUCGCUUUCGUCAUCAUAGUCUUCCUUUUCCAAUCGCCACCUCGCCUUGACAAUGGAAAAAAGAAAACUCUUCUGGAGAAGGUUAUGCAAGUCGACCCUAUUGGUACACUCGCUCUGAUGCCUGCCGUCAUCUGCUUGCUUCUCGCGCUGCAAUGGGGCGGGACUGUCUACCCAUGGAGCAACCCGAGAGUCAUUGUGCUUUUCGUACUGUUCGGCGUGCUCUCGACUGCAUUCGUUUUCAUUCAGACCAAGAAUGGCAAAAAUGCCACACUGCCCAUCAAAGUCAUCUCUCAGCGUAGUGUGGCCGCAGCUUGUUGGUUCUCUGUUUGCACAGCCGGGGCUGACUUCACGCUGAGGCAGUACAUCCCGAUCUGGUUCCAAGCCAUCAAGGGUGUUUCUGCCGUAGACUCGGGUCUCAUGAACUUGGCCCUGAUUCUUUCCACAGCUCUGGCGUCGAUUGUCAGUGGAGUGGGCAUCACACAGAUUGGGUACUAUAACCCUUUCAUGAUUGCUUCGACCCUUUUCAUGUCAGUUGGAUCUGGUCUUCUCACUACGUGGAAAGCAGACGUUCCAACUCGGGACUGGAUCGGAUAUCAAAUCCUCUAUGGUCUUGGAUCCGGCCAGAGCAUGCAGACUCCUUUAAUGGUAGUCCAAACCGUCCUGCCCAUGGAGGAGAUACCGCUUGGAACUGCUCUAGUAAUGUUCCUGCAGACCUUUGGCGGCGCCAUUUUCAUAUCUGUCGCCCAAAACGUCUUUACAAAUGAGCUCCGGUCCGGCUUGGCAAAUGAUUUACCAAACAUCAACGCUACUACGAUCGUUGACGGCGGGGCAAACAGCAUUAGGCAGCCGGGGAUGCUGCCACCAAAUACUCUUGAUUCCGUCCUGCGCAUCUACAGCAAGUCUCUUACCAAUUCAUGGUAUGUUGCUGUUGGGCUAGCGUGUGCAAGUAUCGCAGGAAGCGCUCUGGUGCAGUGGAAGACUGUGAAACAGGCAAGCCCGCCACUGGCCGGGGACGAAAAUGGGGAUAAAUCCGCGAAGAGUGAGGUGACUGGCAGCAUGGAGAUGAAGCACCAAGAUCUCAGCCCAACUGAGUCUGAUGAAAAUAAUGACGUGUUCAAUAAGCGCAACGACACCAUCUGA